GUGGAGUACAGCAGUUACAGUUUGAACGUUGGAGCAGAACGAACGUCGGGUUAGGAUUCAGUUCUAGGUGUUAUAGUCGCGCGCGUGGUUAGUUCUGUAUUUUUUAUUCGAUCAGCAGCCACCCAGAGGGGCCAGUAAGAGCAGAAAUUGAAGUGUGUGAAGUUACGGUUAUGUGUGUACACUGCACGGCAUAUUGAUUCGCGGCUCAGGGCUCGUGACUCAACAAGGGUCGCUGUACUUGGCGAAACAAGAACAACAAGUAUUACUAAACGGGAAAAAGGCCUUCGGACAAAGAAAGGUUCAUCAGAGCAUCGUGGGAGGCGCAUAAAAUCAAACCCAAAAGAGUAGUCGUGAUUCGGGCCGCGCUGCCGAAAGAUAAUCACUUGUGGAAGCCUCCAACGAUCCGCUGCAGGAUGCCGGACGCCGAAGGUAUAAAGCAUUCAAUCAACAUGGACACGGAACUGCCAGCAAAGAUUGCCGAGAUUGCAAGAAGGAACGGGGAAGACCCGGAGAAGACAUGUCUUAUGUUGCAGGAGCUCCGGGAUAUGGUCUAUGAAAGAGGCGACUGCGAACCACAUCGGCUGGACGAUGAUUUCCUGAUUAAAUUUUUGCGAGCGAGAUUUUGGAAAGUGGAAAAUGCUUAUAAAUUGAUGUGCCGUUACUACGAUUUUCGUGAGAAUAACUUGGACCUGCAUGAAAAUGUGAACCCAAUGACGCUGAGGUCACUUGGCGAUGAUAACAUCAUUACGAUUUCACCCUAUCGGGAUCAGGAAGGCCGUAGAGUGUUGUUCUUCAAAUUUGGUAACUGGAUACCGUCGAAAGUACCCAUGAACGAUCUGCUCAAAGCUACUCUACUGAUGUUGGAAGUUGGCUCUUUGGAACCAAUAUCGCAGGUAGUCGGAGGAGUUGGCAUCAUGGACUUGGAAGGCCUUUCUUUGAACCAUGCUUGGUACAUGAGUCCAUCAAUUGCUCAGAAAGUCAUCUCUUUGCUUGUGACAUGUAUGCCCGUUCGUACGACAGCGAUUCACAUCGUUAACCAGGGGUGGGUAUUCGAUACGGUGUUUCAGAUGUUUAAACCCCUGCUGAAUGAACGGAUGCGUGAGCGUUUGUACUUCCAUGGUACAGAUCGAGCUUCGCUGCACAAACAUAUCGAUCCGGAGUACUUACCAGAACGGUACGGAGGCACAAAACCGGAAUAUCCCUAUACCUAUUGGUUGGAUCAUCUGUGCGGUAAUGAACGCGUAGUUCACGAGCUGGAACAGCUAGGGUACGUGGCCGAACCGGCUAGCGAAGAAUGACCAAAGCUUCUGAUGUGUGAAAUAGUCUGUGAUUGGAUUUUUGACUUUGACUGUCAAGUGACUGCUGCAUAAUUAGUUUUAGUUUUUGUAAUGAUGAUAUUAGGAAAAAGAGUACUCGUUGGAUUUAAUGCAGCUGCAAACCAGCUUCAACGGAAACUUUGGGCGGAUAUAUUUUCGUACAAAUAUACAAUGUUAAUAUACUUAAAA